AUGCCAAAGAGUAGAUCAUUAGAUUUAAAGCCUAUCUAUCCAUUGAGAAUGGAGACCAUUCCAUUAUCUGACAAGGUUAAAGAACUCUCUGGUAGUUCUCAAAGUGCAACCAAUGUAAAUAUAUUCAACGAAGGAGAAGCUCAUUCAUCUGAAAAUAGAGCAAAAACUUAUGAAUCAGAUGAUAGCUUUAAAUUUAAAAGGCACAAAUCAAAUCAGAAGUCUGGAGUACCUACAUUAGGGGAAAGGUUAGAUAAUUUUCAAGAUAUUCAAAAGGCAAAAUGGAUGGAGAAUUUUAACUCAUCUAUGCCUGAGUAUCAAAAUAAUAGAGAUGACACUAACAGUGACAAUGGAGUUGAUAAAAGAAGUUCUCAAAAUUUUAAAGGAGCACAUACUCCUUCACAACAACCAUAUGUUCCAUAUGUAUACUAUUAUCCUGUUCCAUCUUCAUCAUAUCCAAUGCUACCAUAUAAUUCACCUCAAAUGCAUGAAAAUGUUGAGAACCCACAAAUGAGAAAUGGGGCUUCGGUACCAAUGUACUAUGCCCCACAGCCUGGUUAUUAUCCAGAGCAGCCUUAUAUGUUUUCUCAGGAUUCAAAUGUUCAGAACAGAUUGAUGCCAGCACCUCAACUAUUUCCACAGUACCAUUCGAUGAAUCCAAAUUCACAACUAUCACAAAAAUCUAAGGAUAGAAGGAAAUCCAUAGCUGAUCAAAGAGGCAGGCGUGUCUCAAGAAUCUUUACGCAAGAUGAACAUUUAGGAAUUAUAUCUCCGCAUAAGGAUGUACCUGCACAGGAUUUUUACAGGCAUAUAGGAAAUUCAUCAUUUGGUAGAGAUUUACAAAUACGACAACUUUUCAAUUGGUGUUCAAUAAGGUCUUUACAUAAUUUAGAAAAAGAAGCUGAUCCAAAGUAUGAUUCUGAUAAAAGAAACAGAAAUGGAAUGAAAAAUGAAAUCAGAAAUUAUGACGAUUCAAAGAUUAUCGCCAUAUCAAUUUUGAAGGAAUUUGUGAAUGAUCUCAGAAAAGAUAAAAUAAAUAUAAACUGGGACGAUACUAUGCAGGAUAAUUCUGAUGAUGAUUACUCCGCUAUUGAAGGAGACGACAUUGAUUCAACUUUUGAUGAACACAUUUUCGAUGAUACCGAAGAUAUCAUUAAAACAGGUAAUAAUGCAAAAAAAGAAAUCAAAAAAUCAGCCAAGAGAAGAAGCAGGAAAGAUAAAAAGGAAAAAGUAAAGAUAGCAAAUAUUAAAAAUAUAGAAAACCAAAGAAAUUUAAAUUUAUUAGACUCAAAAAUUGAUAAGUAUAAACUGGAAAUGGACAAUUGGUCUGAUACAUUAAAAUCGCAAGACUGGGAAGCAGAGUGGGAUGCAUUAGAAAAGGAGGUUGAAUUAAUGGCUAAUGAUGAAAAUAUGAUGAGUGAUGCUGAGAAUCUUCCAUUUCAAAUAUUCGAGGAUAAGUUCUUUUCACAAAUUGAUAAGUUAUCAUCACACGCUAUUUUACUUGAAGCAACAACAAAAGCUCUUUCGGAGCUAACAAUGAGCAAAACUGAAAUGUUAUCACAUGAAUUCAAUAAGCAUAAUUCUUUUGAUAAAACUGAACUCAACUCCAAAGCAUUAUUAAUGGAAUUGAGCAAUGCAUUAAACAAGUGA